CGGCGAUUGGCUGCGGGGUGCUGGAUUACUUCGGUUUUCAUCUCUCCGUGCUGACAUGGUAACUGAAGGGUGGCUUUCAGCGACAGGCAGACGGGGACAGCUGCUCCGGAGAGGCUAGCAGGAACAGCCUGGUAGGGUCCAUCUCGGAUAGACGCGGAUGAUGCCAGAGCUAUGACAGGGAUUGCAGUCUUGGCACUGAGGGGUGAUCAAUUAUGGAACAACUACAGGAGGAAGUACCUGAGGUCAAGGAAGAGGAGGAGGAAGAGGCAGUGAUGGUGGCAAGUGGAGCCUCGGACCCAAGUGGAGGACCAGACAGCUCGCUGCCUUCAAGCAGCUACACAGACCUUUCGCAGAGCUCCUCUCCCUCCCUGUCGGACCAACUGCAGAUGGGCUGUGAGGAGGCAGCCUCAGGAGCAUUGAAUGUGGAGUGCAGGGUCUGCGGAGACAAAGCCUCGGGGUUUCACUAUGGUGUGCACGCCUGCGAGGGCUGCAAGGGUUUCUUCCGCCGGACGAUCCGUAUGAAGCUGAAGUAUGAGAAGUGUGAGAGGAGCUGCAAGAUUCAGAAGAAGAACCGAAACAAGUGCCAGUACUGCCGCUUCCAGAAAUGCCUCUCGCUGGGCAUGUCACAUAACGCAAUCCGCUUUGGCCGCAUGCCGGAGGCAGAGAAAAGGAAGUUGGUGGCGGGGCUGACGGCGAGCGAAAUCAGCUGCCAGAACCCACAGGUGGCUGACCUGAAAGCUUUCUCCAAGCACAUCUACAACGCCUACCUGAAAAAUUUCAACAUGACCAAAAAGAAGGCGAGAGGUAUCUUGACUGGGAAGGCCAGCAGCAACCCACCAUUUGUGAUCCAUGACAUGGACACCUUGUGGCAGGCAGAAAAGGGGCUGGUGUGGAAACAGCUAGUGAACGGCAUUCCCCCCUACAAGGAGAUCGGGGUGCAUGUCUUCUACCGCUGCCAGUGCACCACAGUGGAGACUGUGCGGGAGCUCACCGAGUUUGCCAAGAGUAUCCCCAGCUUCAUAGGCCUCUACUUGAACGACCAAGUGACUCUGCUGAAGUACGGGGUGCAUGAGGCCAUCUUCGCCAUGCUGGCCUCUAUCAUGAACAAGGAUGGGCUGUUGGUGGCCAAUGGGAAUGGCUUCGUGACCCGCGAGUUCUUGCGUAGCCUGCGGAAGCCCUUCAAUGAGAUCAUGGAGCCCAAAUUUGAGUUUGCUGUGAAGUUCAACGCGCUGGAGCUGGAUGACAGUGACCUGUCUCUGUUUGUGGCUGCCAUUAUCCUGUGCGGAGACCGUCCUGGCCUGAUGAACGUGAAGCAGGUGGAGGAGAUCCAAGACAACAUCCUGCAAGCGCUGGAGUUUCACCUGCAGUCCAACCACCCGGAUGCCCAGUACCUCUUCCCCAAGCUGCUGCAGAAGAUGGCUGACCUGCGGCAGCUGGUGACGGAGCACGCCCAGCUGGUGCAGAAGAUCAAGAAGACAGAGACAGAGACAUCUCUGCACCCACUUCUGCAGGAGAUCUACAAGGACAUGUACUAAGGACCUGUUAUUUAUGAGAAUGAAGCCAUGGAUUCCCAUCAAGACUCUUUGUAAAGAAACAAAGAAAACCUUUCCCCAUGUCUUCCAUUUCUUCUACUGGAAACUCUUUUCUACGUGACCCUGACGUACGGUACAUAGGGCAAGAUGCCGUAAGAUUUUGCAGCCACCACCUGCUAGGCCAGGGCUUCCGUUAACACACACUAACAAAUUUACAAAGGCAAAUCAUAAGCUACUGUUUCCGUUACUAGGGCCCAGCUCUUUAGCUGCUCCCUGGGGCCCCUGAAGUAGCCGGCCAGUUUACAUGUCUGGACGGUGGGGUUCCUGUGGCAGCCUGGGGACGGUGGGGGAUGCUCUGGUCAUUAGGAGACCUGAGCAUGGUGCGGGUAUCCGGUGGGGCCAGCAACAGCACUUACAGCGUGUCUUUAUUUUCUUUUUCGUAUUGCACUCUGAAGACAUAGUCCUGAGCCGUGAAGUCUAGGACAGUGUAAUGAAAGGAAUUUUCUCUCUUUUCCAAAGAAAAGCCAGAGUAUUUGAAGACGGGUAGGGCUGUCCUAGCAGAGACCCUCAGCUGCAGCCCCCCCUCGCUGUGCAGCGUGUUUGUGUCUCCCAGAAGGAUUGUGUGAUCUCUGCCUUCCCCCAAGUGCCGUGUGGGAGCCCUUGCUCCUGGUACCUCCGUUUCAGAGAGAG